AUUCACUGACUUGGCUUUUACAAUCCUUUUGUGUUAGCAAUUUCUCAAUCUCACACACAUCUAUCUACUACCUCAUUUCAAGAAAAGAAAAAGAAAGUAAAAGAGUUGCUAGCAAGAAGCAGAGAAGAUCAAUCCAGAUGGCAGCAACAAUGGCAACAAUGGCAAUACUGAAUACCAAGUGCUUGAGCAACAUCAACUCAGGCAAAAACAUCAACAAGCCAACAACAACAAAACCUAUCUCCCUCCUUUCCAUGCAAGAACUACCAAAAGGUUUAACCAUCUCAAAACCAACAAAUGAAAACAAACUUCUUGCAGGAACAGCCAUAGCAGGAGCAAUCUUUUCUACUUUAAGUUCAUGCGAUCCAGCUUUUGCUGCUCAACAAAUAGCAGAAAUAGCAGAAGGUGACAACCGUGGCUUAGCACUUCUUCUUCCAAUAAUACCAGCACUAGGUUGGGUGCUAUUCAACAUUCUUCGACCAGCACUUAACCAAAUCAACAGAAUGAGAGAAACAAAGGGUGUGAUUAUUGGGCUUGGAUUAGGUGGUCUGGCUGCAACAGGGUUCAUGGCAGCAGCACCUGAAGCAUCAGCAAGUGAGAACAUUGCUAUGAUUGCUGAUGCAGCGAGUGACAAUAGGGGUCAGCUUUUGUUAUUUGUUGUAGCUCCUGCUAUUCUUUGGGUACUUUACAAUAUUCUACAACCGGCUUUGAACCAAAUCAACAGGAUGAGGUCUGAAUGAUUAUGAAAUAAUUAAGGAUUGUGUAAUCUGGGGUUUUUGUUUGAGAUGGGUGUAAUAUUGGUAGAAUUUUACUUGUAAUUGCACCUUAUCUUAAUGCAGAACUCUCUCUUCUCUUUUGGUUUUUA